AUGAGCGAAGUAACGGACUUAACUGUCAUCGAAAUCAAGCCGGAACAGGCCCCAGUGCUUUACGUAGCGGGCGGCCUUGAUGCUUAUCUCGAGCAAAUCCGCCAGGCAGUAAACGAAGUGCCGGACCUUUCCACGAAGAAAGGACGUGACCGUGUCGCCUCUCUGGCAGCGCAGGUAUCACGCAGUAAGACGGCAAUUGAAAAGCCGGGCCGAGAGUACCUGAAGCGCCUGAAAGAGGCUGUGCGACCUGCUGAGGCCGAAAUUAAGCGUUUCGUUGAUGCAUGUGACGAGCUUCGCGACGCAACCCGCCGCCCACUCACCGAAUGGGAAGCCGAGCAGGAACGCAUUAAGGCUGAAGAAGCCAUGAACGCGCUGCACGCCGAAGCGCUGGAAAUGAACAUCAAGUUCGAUCAGGAGUUGGCGGCCAAGUUCGAAGCAGACCACGAAAUGGCUCUGCUGAUGAACAAGGAUUUCGACCGUGACCGCGAAGAGCAGCGCCGCCUGGCGGAACAGGCUCGGCGUGAGCACGAAGAGCGCAUUAAGCGCGAAGCAGCAGAACAAGCCCGCCGAGAUGCCGAAGCGAAGCACAAAGCGGAGAUUGAAGCCGCAGCGCGCCGUGAAGCUGAAGAGAAAGCACGUGCAGAGCUGGCUGAACGCCAGCGCAUUGAAGCGGAACAGCGUGCGGAACGCGAGAAGAAGGAAACCGAAGAGCGUGCGCGCCGCGAAAAAGAAGAAGCCGUUGCCGCCGAGCGCCGCCGCCAGGAAGAGGCAGAAGCCGCCCGUUUGGUCGAAGAGCAGCGCAAAGCUGAAGAAGAAGCGCGCCGAGCCGCAGACAAAGAGCACCGCCGCACCGUCAAUCGUCGUGUCUACGCAGAUCUGAUUGCUCAGGGCAUCCCAGAAGAAUACGCACAGAAAGCAGUGCUGGCGAUCGCUGGCGGCAAAGUGCAGGACGCGCACAUCAAAUAUUGA